GAACCAAAAGUUUAGCUGGAGAAAACUCCAACUAAGUAACAUUUUCACACUUUUAGAAGUACUCAAGGAAACAUGGUUCUGCAAUUAAAUGAGUGAAAUAGCAUAUUUCAUAUUGGCAUAGCAAAUUUGCAUUAUUUCAUCUCCAUGGCAUCCUACACAAGUCAUGAGGAGAAGGAUUUUGAAAAGUUCCUGCAGUGCAAGGGAGCAGCUCUAGUCCUGCUAAAUGUACCUGUUCAUACUGAAAUAGGCAUAGACAUGCACAGCUGGACUAUUGGGCCCAAAUUCAAGGGCAUCAAUUUGAUCCCACCUGGACUUCACUUCAUCAACUAUAGUGCUGUGAGCAAAUAUGGUGAGACAGCCCCUGCCACUGGCUUCUUCCACUACUUUGAACCCAAUGAUGUUCUUGUCAAAGUGUACCAGCCUGCUACUGAAGAAUUCAAAGAUGAGUCACCAGAGCAAACAGAACGAGUGAAAAUAAACCUUCAGAGCUUAAGAGGAGAGCUUGGACCUUAUCCUUCGGAGCUGUGGAGGCGAUGGGUCUCUCUCACUCAGAAGAUUGACAGACGGCACCUGGAAUCAGUUUUACCUCUUUCUGGCAUGGUUUCAUCUGUGCCUGCAAUGGUUCCUGUGGACGAUCCCAAUAGCAGCAGCACCAGCAAUAGUGAUGCUAGAAAACGUCUGAAAACCCAUCAAUCAAACUGUGGAAAUGAAGCCUCAACUUCGAGUAGUAUGGAAGACAGUUCACCAUCACAACAAAACAAUGCAAAUAAUAGCACUCUACCUCUCCAAACUAAUAAAAUAACUACAACAAUGAGUAUUGAUGAAGGUAAAGUUCCCCAAUCAGUAUGCAAUGACAGUUGUUCCUCUCAAAGAACCUUUAACAAAUCAUCAACACCAUCAACUAUUAUUGAAGAUAUGGAACAAUGUACUUCUAAAAGCCAAAUAACAGAACUUAAUGUUGCUAAAAUGGUUCAAAAUCCAUCUCAUAAUGAGUUAUGCUCUGGUCAAGAAAAGCAAAUGAGGUCCACUGCUAAGCGACUUAUUAAUGAGGGUUUGCCUGAGCUGGUGCCAGUAGCGGGGCUGGACUUCAGGUGGUACGAGCUUCCUGAGCGCACACACAAGGCAGGCGCCACACCUGCUUACAUAACUGCGGUCUGCAUUGACCCAACACCAAUACUGGACGACUUGAUCAGGCAUCUCGGCAACGAGCAGUGGUUGCUGAGUGAGCUGCAGCUGAGCUUUGUGGUGUUCCUGGUGGGCCAGAGCUGGGCGGGCUGGGAGCGCUGGAAGCGUCUCAUCGGUCUGCUCUGUAGCGCAGAGACUCUCAUGCUCAGAGCACCGCAUAUCUACUCAGACCUCAUGGCUACUCUGCACUACCAGAUACAUGAGGUGCCAGAAGAUCUUUUUGUUGACAUCGUGGAGCAGAACAACUUCCUCGCCGCGUCCCUGGCUCAGCUUUUCUUCAACAUUGAAGACAACGUCGCUAGUCUGCCUGCCCUGCUGGUCCAGCGAGCCCAGAAGUUCAGGACGCAUCUCAAGCUGCGCUUUGGCUGGAGUUUUGAUUUUGAUGAUAGUGAUGAAGAUGCCCCUGUAGUGGUGGAACUCGAGCAGUGGUGAUGAUAGUGAUGAAGAUGGUCCUGUAGUGGUGGAACUUGAGCAGUGGUGAUGAUAGUGAUGAAGAUGAUAGUGGUGAUGAUGAUAGUAAUGAAGAUGCCCCUGUAGUGGUGGAACUUGAGCAGUGGUGAUGAUAGUGAUGAUGAUGCCCCUGUAGUUGUGGAGCUCGAGCAGUGGUGAUGAUAGUGAUGAAGAUGAAAGUGAUGAUGAUGAUAGUGAUGAAGAUGCCCCUGUAGUGGUGGAGCUCGAACAGUUUUGAUGAUAGUGAUGAUGAUGCCCCUAUAGUGGUGGAACUCGAGCAGUUUUAAAGAAACUCGACUUCAUUUAAACCUAAACAUUGAACUGAAACUUGCUAAUCAUUGAAUCUGAAGCUGCAUGCAAUUAGAGCUUGAAUUUCGUCAAUUUAUUGCUUUCGCUAAACAAAAAAGUUUUUCAUAAAAAUACAUAUUGAAAUUUUGUUUACUGUGCCUGAAAGUUCACUUUCCCAUUGUUAUUAUUAUUAUUAUUGACAGUUAUUACUUCUUAUACAAUUAGGACAAUUCAAUUUCAACAUAAUCAACAGGCUGAUUCUUUUAAUUAAUUGUUAAGUUUCAAGAAUUUUUGCCACCUCUUCAUUGCAUAUUUAAGAUCAGGGAGCUGUUGACUCUAAUAAUUUUGGGGGUUAUUUCCAUGCUGUCUCGGUGUAUGGUUGAUUAAUUGCAAGAUUUUCCUAAGAAAUUCCGAAUUGAUGACAAAAUCUAACGUUUGAUUGGAUUUCCAAUAAAAGCUUGACGAAUUAUUAUAGAAUUCAGAGAC